ACCGCGGGGCGGGAGGAGCGAAGAUGGCGGGAGGGUGCGGCCAAGAGGCUGCUGGGAUUGUGGCGGACCCAGCGGCAAAAUGGCGGCCAUGCGGCCAGGGAGAGGCUCCUUCAAGGUGCUCUCGUCAGUUCCUCUUCAGAUGCUGUUUCACCUCAGUGGGCUGUACUAUGCCCUGUACUUCCUAGCUACAUUCCUGAUGAUUACAUAUAAAAGUCAGGUUUUCAGUUAUCCUUUUAACUGUCUGGUCCUGGAUCUGGUUCUCUUGCUUCUGAUGGGGAUUCUCGAAGUAGCUCGGCUAUAUCUAGGCACAAAAGGCAACCUGACGGAGUCUGAAGUGCCACUGGCUGCUAGCCUGGCAUUCACAGCAGCCAGUGUCCUCCUUUCUGUUUACUUCUUGCUCUGGCAGACCUUGGUACUGUGGAUAGACUCGGUCCUCAGCACCAUUCUCCUGGUGCUACAUGGGCUGGAGGCUGGCUUGCAGGUGGUGGUCAUUGCUGACUUCAUCAGGUAGACGGACCAGGAAUACCUACGCAGCAGUGCUCCUCAGCCUCCAGCCAACUCCUUUGCUCUCAGACACAAUGGUAUCUUUUUUGGAUUUAGGUGGUUUAUAAACCUUUUUUAGUGAGCGGGAGUACAGGAACCAGGGAGGGGCAAACUGUUAGGACUUUAGGUGUUGAAGAUGGUUAUCAUGGACAGUAGUCAACCCCAGAGAUGUCCACUCCUGUUGUAUGGUCGGGGUCCUGGCUAUAGUAGCAGGACCACCAGUGAUCACCAGACCAUUGGAAGGCCAAGUCUUUCAGGAAGUCAACACUGGGGGCAGCCCAGCUGCUCCACCCUGUCUCAGCCCUAUAAAUGCAGCAUCUUGGCAGGAGGACUUGGCUGUGUUGGUCUGUCACUGUGUGUUUUCUCACAGGAAUUGCUGACUUCCAUGCUUCCCACACUAACCCUGCUUCUUGUUCUGAGAACCUGCUGUACUCUGUAGCCAGGCCUUUGUCCAGGCCUGGGAUCCCUCUGAAGUUGCAGGAUGGCAGGCUUUGUGUUCCAGGGUCCCUCCAGUUUGGCUCCCUGUAAGGCCAGUCCUGAAUAAAACUGUUUGGUUUCCAAAAGGAAACAAAAGCAAAUGUAUGCCAGGUGGGGUGGCACACAACACCUUUAAUCCCAGCACCCAGGAGGCAAAGGCAAGCAUAUCUUUGUAAGUUCAAAACCAGCCUGAUUACAGUAUGGUGAAUUGCAGAUCAGCCAGGAUUACAUAGUGAAACUUUGUCUUAAAAAAAAAAAAAAAGGUGGAGGGAGCUGAAGAGAUGGCUCAGCAGUUAAGAGCACUGGCUGAUCUUUCAGAGAACCCAGGUUCCAUUCCCAGCACCCACAUGGCAGCUCACACUUGUCUAUAAUUCCAGUACCAGUGGAUCCAACAUCAUCACACAAACACAUAUGCAGGCAAAACACCAAUGCACAUAAAAUAAAAAUAGAUUAUUUUUUAAAGAGUGAACAGGACAGAGAGCCAUAUAUUGUGAUGUUCACUUCAGCCUCUUUUGGUGGGGGUGGGUUGUAGGGGACAGAGACAGUGGAAGACCAGAUCUCAGUCUGGGAAGUCUGUCACAGUCCACUAAACUGCCGUUUUGUCAAGUGCCAGGUGAGUUCCAUCUCAUCUCUUGCUUCUCUAGUCCUAACCCAUUUUUUCUUAAAAAGUAUUUAAGCAGUUUUUUUUUUUUUACAGGUUCUUUCA